UUCAUUAAAUGGAGGAAGUAAUGGAUGCGUUUCCCCCCCCCUCCCCCCGCAGCCGCCUUUGGGAAGUGGUGCCAGGCAAGGUCCUCGGCUGCCCUGGAGCAGAGGCUGGUGCAGCGAGGUCGCCACCUGCUGGCCAGGAGGAGACUGCAGGCUGCGUUCGGCGCCUGGCGCCGCGGCUCCAGCGCGAGGAGGGCAGCCUGGGCUCUUCUGGAGAGAGCGCGGAAAGCUCGGCUCUCCCGGUGCCUGUGGCGCUGGAGGGAGGCUGUUCAUCGGAGAUCAGCGUGGCUGCGCUGCCUCUCCAGGCGCAGGGCCCUCUCCCUGAGCCGCUGCCUGCAGCGCUGGAGGCAUGCGCUGGAGCUGCGCCGCCUGGGCGUCGCAUUCAUCACCCGCGCCUCCCCGCGGAGACGACGGCGCGCCCGGGGGAGACGGCGAGAGCUGAGGUGGGGGGUGGAGCUGUGGGGGGAGUCUGAGCCAAUAGCAUCACCCCAGUGGACAGCCCACUGCUCAUUGGACCUGCUGCUCCAUCAGGCCUUUCACACCUGGAAGGACAGCACACACAACCUGCAGCUGGCCAGAGUGUACCAUGUGACUAAGGAGCUCGAGCAGGUGAGGGCAGCCCUGCAGAACUGGCACAGGCUGGCACAGCAGGCCCUGGAUGCCCAGGUGCACAGCUUCUGCACACAGCUGGCCCUGCUGGACUCCGCCCCCUCUCUGGGGUCUGACAGCACCUCUCCCAUCUGCCUGUUCCUGGGAACCUCUGUCGGAUCUGAGCAGGCCCUGGCAGUGACAGAGAGGUGCAGUGACCCCGGUGGGGAACCGGUGCAUGGCGGGGCACACCCAGUGUACCACAGCGCCGAACUCGGAGGCUGCACCCCCCGCUCCUCCUGGCAGACUGAACAAGAGCGCCCCCUGCUGGCCUCCCCUCCGCCGGGCACUCACGCAGCCGGGGCGCGGGCGGAGCGCGCGGACCGCCCCCCGCCUCCCGGAACCUUCCGUCCUCCUGAUCAAAGCGGCCCCGCUCACAAUGGCUCCCCCAGAUUAAAGACUCUGGCGGUCAGCGCGCUGGGCAGGAUCAGGCGGGGCCCCGUCGCCGUGGCCUUCUGGCAGUGGAGGGCGCUGGUGAGGGUGCGCAGGGGUCAAAGGGCGCUGCUGGGCUCGGUCAGAGAGGUCCGGACCCGGGCGGCGCUGAGCCGGGCCUUCCGUACCUGGAGGACGGGGAUGCUGGAGCACGCAGCUGCUCGCAGACACUGGGAGAGAUCUCUGCGGUCUCGCUGCCUGGCACAGUGGAGCGGGGCUGCGUCUCUCCGGAGGGGAAAGGCCAUUUUGCGGAGGGAAGCCGAACGCCUUCACACCCACAGUCUGCUCCUUCGCUGCUUCUCAACAUGGCGGAGAAGGGGGAGAGUGAAGCUCGCGUUCUGGGAGCCCCAGGACUCCGCCCAGCUGGAGAGACGGGUCGUGUGGCUGCUGAGGAGGGCGGAGAAACGGAGGCUGUGCAGCGGCCUCGCCCUCUGGGCCGCCCGAGCCCGCCAGAACCUCGCCGUCCGCCUCUACCACCACCGGGCCGUCCUCACCAGGGUGUUUGUUGCCUGGGAGACGUGGGCGUGGCUAGCCCGGGAGAGGAGGCUGCUGGUCCUGCAGCGGCUGAGGUGUGGGCUGUGCAGCGUCGCGCUGGAUCGCUGGAGGCUGCACACGCAGCAGCAGCUGGAGGUCCGGAGGAGGAGAGCGAACAGACUGGCGCUGCAGGCCAGAGAGAUCCUGCAGCGCUGGCACUCAUAUGCGCAGAGCAGGAGUAGGCUUCGGCGGCUGCAGUGUGAACACGUGGAGAGGAAGAGGAGGAGGAUGAAGAGGACAGCUCUGCUGAGCUGGGCUGAGGGCGCAGAGAGACUGAGGAGGGCUGAUAUCUCAGCGCAGAAGUCUCUGAAGAUCAGGUGCCUGCGGCAGUGGCACCGCUGGGCCCGGUGUGGGGCGAGGGCCGGGCGUGCGGUAGAAGCUCUGGAGACGGAAAGGACACGGCGGACGCUGCGGGGCGCUUUUGUCCUGUGGAGAGAGCGCUGGCGGAGCGCGGAGCAGAGGCUGCUGGGAAGGGUGCGGACGGCGGCCUGUCACUGGAGGCAGAGGGCGCUGCAGAGCAGGGCGGAGGCUCACCGCGUCGCCCGGCUGACCAACUGCGCCCUCCUGCGCUGGAGACACGCCCAGGCCCGCCGGGGAGAGAGGAGGAGGCGCGUCCGGGGCGUGGCGCGGGAGUGGCUGCGGAGGGCCCGUCAGAGCCUCGCCCGCCAGCAGGAGGCGCUGGCCUUCCGGCAGCGGGGCCUCAGGAGCGGCCUGGCGGGGAGCUUCAGGCGCUGGGCCGCGGCGUACCGCUGGUCCCUGGCCAGCGCCUCCUUCCAGGCCCAGCUUCAGCGCAGGAGAGUCCUGCUGGUCUGGCGCAGGCUGACCGUGGUGACCCUGACGUGCAGGAGCGCGGUGGCCCGCUUCCAGGCCCGCCGCCAGGAGAGGCUAACGGCGUCCUGCUUCUCCCGGUGGCGCACGGCGCUGCGGCGGGCUCAGUGCAGGCUGCUCGUACUGGAGCAGAGCCUCAGCAGGAAGCACCAGCAAGCCACACUGGCUGUCAUGCAGCGCUGGACAACAGCCACUAGAGGGCGCGUGAUGCAAAGAAAUCGCAACAAAUCUCAGCUGCAGAAGCUGUUCGGCUGCUGGAAGGAGAAGACGGAGGUGAUAAAAGCUGCGGAUGCCUUGUGUGUGAAGAGCGGCAGGAGAGCAGCACAGAGCCUGUUCGGGGUGUGGCUGCGCUGGACUAAAGAGAAUAAAACUCGGAGACAGAUGGGCGAGGCAGUGUGGCUGUGGGUUCGAGGCAGGAGAGUAUCCAGCACCUUCUACCAGUGGGUCAGAGUGUCCCACCAGAAUAAAGAGGCCUCCCAGCUGAGCUGCACCCGCCUACUGCACAGGCAGGAUACUGACACGCCCCAGCAUCACACAGACAUAAUCUACAGCACAAACACAUAAUCUACUACACAUACACAUAAUCUACAGCACAAACACAUAAUAUACUACACAUACACAUAAUCUACUACACAUACACAUAAUCUACAGCACAAACACAUAAUAUACUACACAUACACAUAAUCUACUGCACAGACACAUAAUCUACUGCACAGACACAUAAUCUACUGCACAUAUGCAUAAUCUACGGCACAGGCAUGACACUGUCAUGCACACACAUGGAUAUGGACACGGACAGAGACAAAUCUGGCCUACCAUGGAUUUGCUGUGUGUGCUUUGAUCAUUUAGAAGCAAAAAAAAAUUAACAAUUGACCUAUUGCAAUAUCAGCCUACCUCACAGCAAUGACUGUAAUGUAAUGGUUUAUAAACUCUAUUUUAUAAAGUAUAAACUUUAUUUUAUGUUUACUGGCUAGGUUCAUUUCAGGAUUUCAGUAUCCCAGUGCUGCCUUCCUUUUGACUGACCGCUAACUAGCAGUCACGAAGCAUAAUUAUCUCAAAAACAGCAAUACUGUAUCUUAGUUUUACUUCACAAUUAUAAUGCAUAGCUGCUGUAAGCAGGCUAACUAAUAUCUUAGGAAAAUGAAGUGCUUUUAAUUGUGAUAAAAGAAAUUUGGAAUAAACUGGGGGAAAAGUUCUGGACACUGUCAACAUGAGUAAUCGCCCCUUUUAUUUCAGCUGUUUCUGAGCAGUGAGUUUUCCCAGCUCAUAUUGAUUAUAGAGCCGUA